AUGGCUGUCAAAAACGAGUUGGGCUCCGCCUGGUUGAGGGCGCUACCCAUCACCCCCUGCGGCACUAGAUUGGAUGACUCCUGUGUCCACGUGAGCCUGGGUCUGAGACUCGGAGCCCAGAUCGUCACCGAAUACGAAUGCGCAUGUGGGGCAAGGGUUGAUGAACUUGGAUACCAUAGCCUUUCUUGUCGUCUAGGUCCUGGAAAACAAGCCAGACAUACGGCUGUCAACGAAUACCUGGUACAAUGUUUUCAAAAGACUGGUAUCCCGGUUAUAAAAGAACCCAUGGGUUUGAUAGAGGAAAGAGCCUUUAGGCCUGAUGGUUACACUAUCACCCUAUGGGCGCAGGGACGGUACCUUUUCGCACACCAUGGCUGA